AUGAUAACGAGAGAAAUUCUCUGGCGCUUACCGUCGACGGCUAAAAGUGCGUCUGCGUUCGUCGGUGCUGGUGGAGAAAUCGCCGGAGAGGAGAAGAAGAUAAAGAAGAAGGCAAUUCAUAGUGAAGCCACUUGGUAUGGAUCUCCCGAUGGUGCAGGGAGCGACGGUGGAGCGUGUGGAUUUUGUGACGCUGUUGAAUCGAUAUAUGGAAAAUAUAUAACCGCAGUUGGUAACGGCCUAUAUAAAGGUGGCAAAGGAUGCGGCGCAUGUUAUGAGGUGAAAUGCUUGUCACAUUCAGCAUGCUCUGGAAAUUCAAUAAAUGUGGUUGUUUCUGAUCAAUGUCCAGGGUGUGAUCCUUAUCAAUUUGAUCUUAGUGGUACUUCUUUUGGAGCCCUUGCAUCUAAUGGGUCUUCCAAUCAACUCCGCGGUGCUGGUCGCAUUCAAAUCGAAUACCAAAAGGUUCCAUGCAAAUAUAAUGGGGAAACAAUAAAAUUUGUAGUGGAUAAUGGAUCGAAUCCAUAUUAUAUAGCGGUAAAUAUUAUGGAAGUAGGUGGAGACGGUGACCUAGAAAAUGUGGAGAUUCAACAAGGGUCCAACCCGUUUAUGGCUGCCCGUUUGGUUUUUGGAGCCACAUGGGGCGUCAACUCAUUCAUGCCUGGUCCAUUGUCGAUUCGACUCACCACAAGUUCGGGAAAGUCUAUUGUUGCUCAAAAUGUUAUCCCGAAAGGUUGGCAGUCGGGCACGAAGUAUAGUUCUAAUGUGCAAUUUUAA